AUGGUUUCAACGGACACUCUGGAUGGCAACUGGCCAUGUAGGGAACUAGCGGGGAGAGGCGCGCGGGCGCGGGUUGCAGUGCGCAUGCGCGGUACGACGGCGGCGGGGCGGUGCGACGGCGGCGUGUGCGACGACGAAGAAAGGAAGAAGUUGGCGGUGUUGAUCGCGGUCAUGGGAGAAAGUGCAUACGAACUGUUAUCGGCGCUUGCAAGUCCCAAGUCACCUUCAGGUUUAAAAUACGAGGCGGCAGUUUCAUUGUUGCAAAAUCAUCUUCAACCGAAGCCAUCGAAAUGGGCCGAACGGUAUCCUAAAUUGUUUGAUGGAGGGCUUGGGCGUUUCAACGGUGGGCGCGCGACUUUGCGUGUGAGAGAGGGGGCUGUGCCUGUGUACUGCCGAGCGCGGCCGCUGCCCUAUGCGCUGCGCGAGCGCGUUGAUGCGGAACUCGACUCCAUGCUGAGCGCCGGCGUCAUCGAGCCCGUGGACUGCUCGGACUGGGCCACACCGCUCGUUAUUGUGAAUAAACCGAACGGUGCUAUUCGGUUAUGUGCGGAUUACAAGGCAUUAUGA